GGAAUGAUAUCCAUCUGCAGCGAGUGUUUUUUUCCACGGCGAUUUUAAUCUAUGGAUGGAUAAUCCAAUCAAUGAAGGUAUCCAAGUGUUUAAUGAUAUUAAAAAUGAAACAGUGAAUGUAGAAUUUGCAGUAUGACCAAAUACAUUGGAUGAAUAAACUGUUAAUUUGAUAAUGCAGGGCCACUCAGCAACCGCUAGUACGUUGGGUAUGAUGGUAAACAUGGCCAUCAGAUGAAUGGAGAAAGGUAUACAUUUGUUUUUCACACUUAUUUUACGUAUAUAUAAUAAAUAAAAUAAUGCACAAUCCCCAUCCACUUGUGACUUUUUUAAAAGUUAAUGUACGAGAGCCCAUGCUGCCAUAAGGUCAACUUCAUCUUAAACCGAAGCAACCACGAGUCUUGGAUGAACGAACACGUUUUGUGUCACGCACCUGAAGGGUUGUAAUUAAAAUGGAGGGGGAUUUGGGAACAAUAACACUUCCCCAGCCAUGCACAGAGCUCCCAGACAUUGCUCAGUUUCUGAGCAUUUACAUGUCAGAAGAAGAGAGUAUAGCGCUUCAGGAAGGGAAACAACCAAGUUCAAACAUCCAGCAUAGUGUCUUCAGCGUUGGUGAAAUGCUUCCGUCUGCGUCACCUACCAGAGAUGCAGAUUUUAGUAUUAUGUCUCUUGUUGGACCAGGUCCAACUAUUAAUACACUAAGACCUGUUGGGGAGUGUGAACAGGAAUUGUCUGCUCUUGACAAAAGUGUUCUAACAGUUUUGAAAGACAAUAGUGAGGAAUCUACUCUAUACAAGACAUACUCAACUGUGACCACACUUGACACAAUGGAACUAGCAACUCCUGCACCCUCAAAAGAAAGACAUACUGUGUCAAAAGGAACCGGGAGAACUGGUCAAGAGCAAGGAAAACGUCACGUUUGUGAAAUAUGCACAAAAUCAUUUUCCCGUUCUGAUAAGCUCACCUUGCAUCGCCGGACACACACUGGCGAGAAGCCGUAUGCCUGUUUCUGUGGGAAGAGGUUUGCCCGUAGCGAUCAUUUGAAGGUUCACUCUCUAAAACACAAAGUAAGUCCAGAAGUCCGAAGACAGAUGUUGCUGGAGGCGAAGAAUAACAAGCAAAUAUUACCCAUAAACAAUCAGGAGAAUUUCAUCAUCAAGCAGGAACCCAUGGAUGGCACAACACAGAUUACUACAAUUGAAGCAUCCAGCAUCAAACAGGAACCUCUCGAUGGCUCGCAGCUCAGUUUGCAGUCUGUGGAUGAUGCAAACAAACAAGAAUGCAAUGUAUGCAACAAAGUGUUUGGAUCAAUUUACAAGCUCUCUCGCCACCUCCGCACCCACACGGGAGAAAAACCGUACGUCUGCUUUUGUGGCGAUCGAUUUGGACGUUCAGAUGUCCUUCGCACGCACCAGAAGUCCAAGCACAUUCCAUAUUGCACUGAAGUAGUUGAAAAUCCAAAUGGUGGAGACGCGUCCACGCAGACAACUACGAAUCCUCCAAAACCAAAAGUCAAGAGGGUGAAACAAAUGAAAACAGAUGGAAUUUACACCUGUGCAUACUGUGCAAAAGAAUUCAAAGCUGGCUAUAAACUUACUGUACACUUGAGGUACCACACUGGUGAAAAACCUUAUGUUUGUGACUUCUGCGGGAAAGCCUUUGCCCGUAGAGAUCACAUGAAAAAGCACAGGAAUAUCCAUACAAAGUAAAAAAAUAAGUUGGAGCAUGGAUGUUUUACUACAGUAUAUUUUUAUGUGAUUUCACAGUAGCACAAAACUAAGAAUAAUUGAAAUCUAAUUGGAUUUGUUUUUUCAUGAAUAUUUUUUUUCAUUCUAGUAAAUGUAAGUCCAGGUAGGAUAUUCAGAAGUAUUUUUAUAGUUUCAUAUAUAAUAUUAAGAUUUUUGUGGCAAAAUUUUUGUUCAAAUUAACUAAAAUUGAAAGUCCAUUAUCUUAUAAAUGUUGCCACUCAUGCGUAAGUCACGCUUGUAAGUUAGCUACGUCUGAAGUUAUUACAAGAUUUCAGCCACAUUGAAAGUUUAUAAAUAGUAUUUCAGAUUGAAAUUAUGAAGAUGCAGAAAGUGAAAUUGUUCACUCUAUUAAGCUUUUGUAUUCAUAGAUAACUGUUUCCAUUUAGAGUAUGGAUGCUCUGGAUGUGUUACGUACCGAGUUUUUGGGGCUAGGCAACCAUGCGGUUAGAUCAUAUCUUCAGAGUUGUUGAUCUGUUGCAAGUUAUAGAUAUUAAGACUCAAGAGAGUGUGUGUGUGUGAAUGCCCCUUUCUAUUGAAGGGUUGCCUGGUACCUUGAGGUUAGGAUCAAGUGAGAAUUGUUGUCAGUUCCUGUGUAAGGUACCCGUAUUUUGUACUCUUGUUCUCUACCCCCAUCUAUAAAGGUGAAUAUUUUAGGUGGGAAUGUCCUAUCCAAAGAUGGUAUAACAUUUUAAAUUUGUAGUAGACCAGACUAAUUAGGCAUUUCUAAGUACAGUAUGCUAUAUCAAAUAUUUUUUCUUUAAAGAGAGUGCUGUAUAGCAGUAUGCAGCUUAUAUUGUUCAGAGUUAGACAUAAAGCUGAGCUUUUGCUCUUCGAUUCAUGAAGGCGUUGCUUCAGAACUGUCUCUUAACAUUUUCCCUUUGUUAGCUAAAAGUGGCGAUGCAUAGGCAACAAGCAGCCUCUGCAGAUGUACUUUUAGGGUUGGAAAAUUUUGUAUCUUUAAAAUUGUAGAAUUUUCCCAUGUUGCCUAAUAUUUUAGUAGACUACAGUUAAAGAGACAGGUCUGUGAGCAGUCAUAAAUUAACAAAGGAAAUUCCCGAGUCUGUUGUCAUAGAUAUUAACGACCAAUUUGCUUUUAGAUUCUUCGGUAUCUUGCUUUGUUAUUAUAGCAGUUGCUGUGAUUUUGAGACCAGACUCGUAAUAAUGUGGAUCCUUGAGAAGUGUUGGUGAUAUAGGCAGGUAAUAGUUCAAAUGACAUACUGUGCAGUAUUUCAAUUUUCGCCAAAGACAAGCGUCAACCGUGUUACCUGGGUUUUGCGCUCAAUAUGAACUUGGAAACAGUUAUCAGCAAUAAUGAUAAUUUUAGUAAUUAAAUUUAAAUAUGAUUCUAUAUCCUUGAUGUUCUCUCUCUCUCUCUCUCUCUCUCUCUCUCUCUCUCUCUCUCUCUCUCUCUCUCUCUCUCUCUCUCUCUCUCUCUCCCCUUGUAGCAGUGCUGGAAAGUCUGCAAACUACAGUAGGUAUUGUAUUCUGAGAGAAAACGUUUCCUGGUGUUUUUAUUAAAGUUGAAGGUAGUAUUUGAGGAACAGAAAACAGAUGUAUACUAGUAUGCAUGUUCAUUCUGACUCUUUUUGUGUGAAUUGUGUGGAGUACUUGAAAGAAGAGAAUUUUAUACAUUAGUGUAUAUGAGAACUUUUUCUUUGUAUCUUUUAAAAAGAUGACAUGUAUGUGGACCUCAUGAUAAUGUCAUCGAUGAAUCUUAAUGACAAAAGCAAUAGUUUAUAUAUUUCAGAAAAUUUCUGGUGUUUUCAGAAAAUGUCUUCAUAGCUCCUGCUGUCAGUGUUGUCCGUAAGAAUUAAGUGUAAACAAUUUAUCUGAAUAAUGAAACAAAUUGAAAAGUUUUGAUUUGGUCUAGUGCAAAGCAGUGAUACAAGCAAAUUAUUUAUAUUUAAUUUAUGUGUGUUGUUGCAUUGUAACAUACAGUAUUUUGUAUAUUCUGCAUUACUCUGUAAUGGCAGCCAGCCCUAAAGCUACUGUUUCAAUUGUAAUAAUCUUCAUUAUGGCCACCCUGUAAUAUUUUUUUUUAAUUGGCCAGCUACUUAAUACUUUCAAUAUUUUACAGCAAAUUUUAGCAUCGCAACUGCCUGUUGAGAUUGCUGACUGAAAAAAAAUUCAGAGUUGUUUAUAGUUCGAAAAGAAAGGAUUCUCAAGUAGUUUUUUUAUUAUAUAUAUCCAGAAGCUUUUAUUUAUGACAGAGGGUCUUUUAUUAUCAUCUCUUCAUUUGUCGAAGGGGGAGGCAUCUGUUGGUACUUUUGAAAGUUCUAUAUCAUUUGUGUUGACUGAGUGAGCAAUAGCUAGUCAUAAGAAUACUCUGUAGAUGGUAUGCUCUAGUCAUAGAUAUAUAUAUAUUGUAUUUAUAAUAAUAGUGGCAGGUCAACAACUGAUCAUUCCAGUGUUUGGUGGUACAAAGUACGGUAUUAGAAGAAGGUAUCAUUGGUAAUUGUUAACAGAAAGUCUCGUUCGUACAAUUAUAUUUUUUAUUUUAGGAGGGAAACAUUCUUGUUCCAAGGGUUGCUGUGGGAUUUACUCUUGCAAAAUUUGUUGAUGUGAUCCUCGAACGUUUGCGUUGAGCAUGUGUGCCAGGUAAAAUCUCAGAUUGUUGAGGUAUCUAUUUAUUUCACUGAAUACCAUAGGCUUCUUUAAUUACCAUUAAGCACCAUUAAGCUAUUAUGUUUUUAUGUAAGUACUACAGAUAUAUUUGUUCUUGCAACAAGGAAUAUGGAUAUACAUUUGAUUAAUUCAUGUUUUAUUUGUGCAGUACUUCUCUGAGCAUUUAAGAAUCCAAACCGUUUAGGAGAUGAGCAAAAGUGGGACUGACCUCGUUUAAGUUGAUCGUUGUUGCCACGUAAUUGACUGUGAUGGAAGUACUUGGAACUGCAGCUACUGUAUCAUUUUACCUUUAAAUGCUCACGGCAGUACAUUGUUACGAUGUAAUAGUUUAGACUUGUGCAAUGACUUUUAACCCAUGUUUUUUUAGAUGUGCAAUUAUUUCAAACUUCUUUUUUUUUUGUAGAGUUAAUGUGCAAUGAUUUGAAACCAUUUGAUUUGUAGACUUAUGUGCAAUGAUUUCAAACUUUUUUUUUUUUUUUUUUUUUUUUUUUUUUAUCUACUUUUUAGCUUAAGGUAUGCACUGUAAUGUAUGUUAUUUUUCUUAAGCUUUUGGCUGCUGGUUUUCUCUCCUUAUUAAUAUUUAACAAUGAAUGUUAUUUCUGUUGCUUUAAUUUUACAGAUUUGUAUUUGCCUUCCAAUUGAGGUGGUAGGGAUAGUUAAGGUACUAAUGUUAUUAAGACCCUUUUUUAUUUUAUUUAUUCUUUCUUCUCACUUUUUAUUAGGUGUUAGUGUGCGGUGAUUUACAUACCAUAAAGACCCCGAUAAAAGACCUCAUGUAGUUUGUUUACCAGUUGUUGAUUUCCCUUCCAAGACUAUUAUAUUAAUAGUAGUAAGACUGCAUUAUCAUUGGAAGCGCCAUGUCACAAGAAAGAAUGAAUGUCACAGACAUAUACGUACUACUUAAUCUUCAGUACAUAACCAUGUUUUUUCUCUUGACCUUCUUCUCCCGUUACCCCCAAUGAAUGGAUUUCGUAUGUGUGAUUAUGCACGUUAUUAGUUCCAUUCCCCUCCCCCAAGGCUCUUUUGUCAUGGACACUUGUACAGUUGGUUCAGUUGAUUGAUAGCAUUAUUGGUGACUGAUAUAGAUCGGAAGUGCUGUGUUAAAUUUUUCUGCUGUACUUAAAAAAAAAAUCUUUUUAGCAUAAGUCGCAUAAUGAACUUUUGUAAUUUUUCAGCUUGUAACGUAGAGCUUUGUGUAGAGAUUAGUGUAAUAUGUUUGAUAUUUGUAUAGACUGAAAAUAAAUACAUUCAUUUUGGUAAAAAAAAAAAAAAAAAAAAAAAAAAAAGUAGGGCAGUUUUAUUCACAGAUUUGAAUUUGGACACGGUACUUUUCAAGUGUGUACAUACUGCAGAAUGAUGUAAAAGUCUGUAUCGACUGCAGUCUGGAUGGGCCAGAUAGCUUAAAAUCUUAAUCUUACCCUAGAUAUAGAGAAACGAAAUGGAGAAGGGUAAAGGUGUUUAAACCUUGAAUAAACCAUGAGGGUCAUUUGUAAAUGACAGUAGAAACUUGAAUAGUGCAGAAAUAAGUUAAUAAAUGUAAAUGAAAAUAGACAAAUGGAAGCAUUAAAAAUACUUGAAAUACAACAGAAGCAUGAGAAACACUUAAAAGACAAAUUAGUAUUAAAACAUUUCAAUAAGAAAAACUAAAAGAACAAAAAUAAUUUUCAAAUACAGCAUGUUCAGUUGAACUGAAGCACUACUAUUCAAUGCUAGUUUUAUUAGUUCGAUAUAGGCCCUUCUAUCUUUAUUUCCUUUGCUUUGUGUAAUUUGGUGAGAGAACUAGGAAAUUCCUUAAAGAAGAACAUAUUUUACAAUUUUCAUGACAAUGUAUAUGGAUAGUAGUGGUAAGUUGUAUUACCAGUUUCUAUCAUUCCUAUCAUUCCUAAAACUAACCAAUAAAACGAGUCUGUUUUCUUUA